ACGUCAUGGCCCCGCCCACCUGCGCGUCAUCCUCCGGCCGAGAAUUUCUGUGACGUGUGACGGGGCUGACGUGCUUCCGCUGUAAUGGCGUCGCAGAGGAGACUGGGUCUACAGAAUCAGGAGCAGACCAGCUGGACAGAUGACCUCACGGUGUGCCAUCUGUCGGGGAUCGGCUAUGGCACAAACCGCAUUUACCAGGUGGACGGGACCAGCACUGAGGCCCACAGCCUGGAGGAUGGUUGGCUGAGGUUUCGGGAAGACGAAUGCUUCCUUUACGGGGUCUUCAAUGGAUACGAUGGCAGCCGGGUGUCGCAGUUUGUGACGCAGAGGCUGACGGCAGAGCUGCUGCUGGGGCAGCUGACCCUGAGCCGCAAUGAUGCUGACGUACGCAAGGUGCUACUGCAGGCCUUCGACGUGGUGGAGCGCAGUUUCUUUGAAUCGAUUGAUGAUUCUCUGGCAGAAAAGGCCAACCUGCAUUCUCAGCUUCCCGAGGGUAUUCCUCACUCCCAGCUUCCACAGCAGUAUCAGAAACUCCUGGAAAAACUACAUAAAAUCGAGCAGGAGAUUGCGGGAGGAACGACGGCCAUUGUGGCGCUCAUUCUCAACAACAAGCUCUACAUUGCCAACAUAGGCACCAGCCGAGCUCUGCUGUGCAAGUCCACUGCCGACGGACAGCUGCAGGUGACGCAAGUCAGCGUCGAUCACACGACGGACAACGAGGACGAACUCUUCCGGCUGUCUCAGCUCGGCCUGGACGUUGCAAAGAUCAAGCAGUGUGGGCUGAUUGGAGGCCAGGACAGCAGUCGGCGUAUCGGGGAUUACCGAAUGAAGUACUGCUACAGUGACGUGGAGAUGCUGAGCCCCGCCAAGACGAAGCCAGUGAUCGCAGAGCCGGAGAUUCACGGGGGGCAGUCGCUGGACGGGGUGACGGGAUUCUUGGUGUUGAUGACCGAUGGACUGUACAAAGCCCUGGAGGCAGCUCAUGGCCCUGGGCAAGCCAACCAGGAGAUUGCUGCCAUGGUGGCGACGGAGUUUGCUCUGCAGACGAGGCUGGAGGCGGUAGCCCAGGCGGUGGUGGACCGCGUGCGACGGAUACACCGCGACACCUUCGUCAGUGCAGGGGAAAGGUCGAAGUUUUGUGAGAGACACGAAGACAUGACCCUACUUGUCCGCAACUUCCACUACCCUCUGGGCGAGAUGAGCCAGACGUCCAACAGCCCAACCCAAGGGGGUCGGAUCUACCCUGUGUCCGUCCCGUACACCAGCACCCAAGGCACUCUGGGAAAAACCAGCGUCACGCUCUCCCUGGUCAUGCCAUCCCAGAAUCAAAUGAUGAACGGUAACCACAGCAACUCCACGGGGGACGAGACAACACCUACGCUCACGAACAGUCAAAGCCCGACGGCCACGCUGCAGUCGACCAACACACACACACACAGCAGCAGCUCCAGCUCGGGGGACGGGCAGGGCCACCUCUUCCAUCACCACCGGCUCCCUCACACCCUUCAACCCGACCAGGACGGCCGUGUCGAGCCCUACGUCGACUUCCUGGAGUUCUACCGGCUCUGGACGGUGGACCACAGUGAGCAGACGGUGGCUGGAGCGCAGUAGGUGACCGGUCCGGGCUGCCCCACACACCAGAGGCUCCGAGCUGUGACAUAUUGACCUGGGUCUUCGAACCAUCGGCCUUCCAGGAGAGGUGGGGACGUGAACAUCGGACAGAUCUGAACGGCUGCUCGUUCUCACUUGGGUUUCAUCUCCUCAUCAGAUCAGCUAAUCUGGGCGAUUGUCAGGGCACCAGAGACCUGCAAUGGAGAGGAAUAUUCGAGGCCUGUACUUGUGUGUGUGUGUGUGUAUAUAAAUACAUGUGUGCCCUCCGUAAUGUUUGGGAGAAAGACCCAUCAUUUAUUUAUUUGCCUCUC